AUGGCGACAGAAGCCGCUCCCACGCGCAAGUGCUUGGGCAAGGACUGCCCCAACGAUGCUUCUUCUCUGCAGUGCCCGACCUGCCAGAAGCUGGGCCUCGAGUCCUACUUCUGCUCUCAAGACUGCUUCAAAAAGAACUGGAGUGAGCACAAAGCUCUCCACAAGGCUGCGGGUGGAAGCUCAGGUUCAAGUAACCCUCUCCGCCACUUCUUUCCCCCAAAAGUCAUCUCACAACCGGAUCCAGAAACUGGCCACUACAACCCGUUCCCUACCUUUGACUUCACCGGCAAGCUGCGUCCAGUAUACCCAUUGACCCCUCGGAGGGAGCUGCCCAAGAGCAUCAAGCGCCCCGACUACGCCAAGGAUGGCAUUCCGAGAAGCGAGCAGGUCUUUGUCAACAGACACAAGAUUGCUAUCUUGAACAAGGAGGAGCAGGAGGGCAUGAGGAAGGUGUGCAGGCUGGCUCGUGAGGUGCUGGAUAUUGCUGCCGCGGCUGCUGUGCCUGGCGUCACCACGGAUUAUAUCGAUGAGGUCGUCCACAACGCUUGCAUAGAGAGAGAUUCCUACCCCUCUCCGCUGAACUACUGCCAUUUCCCCAAGUCCGUUUGCACCUCGCUGAACGAAAUCAUCUGCCACGGUAUCCCCGACCAGCGUGUCCUCGAAGAUGGCGACAUUCUCAACAUCGAUGUCACUCUUUACCACAAUGGAUUCCACGGCGAUAUCAACGAGACCUAUUACAUUGGUGAGAAGGCGCUUCAAGACGCGGACUCUAUCCGGGUGGUUGAGACCGCGCGCGAUACGCUGGAUGAGUCGAUCAAGAUUGUCAAGCCCGGCAUGCUGUUCCGCGACCCUGGAAACGUCAUUGAGAAGCUCGCGAAGCAAAGGAAGUGUAGCGUCAUUAAGACCUACUGCGGCCACGGCAUUAACCAGCUCUUCCAUUGCUCGCCCAAUGUUCCCCACUACGCCAAGAACAAGGCUGUCGGUACCGCGAAGCCCGGAAUGUGCUUCACUAUCGAGCCCAUGAUUGCGCUGGGCACGCACAGGGACAAGACCUGGCCUGACGACUGGACCAGCGCCACGCAGGAUGGCUUGAGGACUGCGCAGUUUGAGCACACUCUCUUGGUUACGGAGGACGGCGUUGAGGUUCUUACCGCGAGGUUGCCCAACUCGCCGGGUGGACCCGUUCCCAUACCCGGCUACACCGAUGGUGCGAAGGCGGGAGCAUGA